CAUGAUGGCUACAAGCACAUCAAAUCCAGGGGGUCGACCUAUAGGCAUAGGAUAUAAUCACCAGGUUUUGCCAUCUUUAAGUACUACGUCAAUGUUGUCAAUUCGACAACAAAUGGACGAAAGUAAUCAUGAAAUGGUGAAUGCCCUUACUCAACAAAUGGGAACUGUUUUUACUCCCAUGAUAAAUAACACGAAUCAAAGUUAUGAAAUAUUGGCGGGACAAAUGGCCAGAAUUGCAGAUUUCUUUGGAGCGCCCCCACAACCAAACCUUUCGACUACUCAAGGGUCGAAUGUGAGAGGGGUCGAACCUAUAGGACAAGGAGAUCAAAUUGAGCAAGUAAUCCCUAGAAUAGUACAAAGGCAUCAAGAUGCUGACCAGGUUCUUAGGAACAUCCAGCAAGAUGUCAAUAUUGGACACAAUAAUAUCUCUAAUGUAGUUGAACAAAUUUUAGUUCAGAAUGGAAUAAAUGUAGGUUUGCAUAGACCAAAUUUCGUUUCCCCGUUGUCAGAAUAUGUAAGGCAAACAGAAUUGCCUAGGGGGUGGAAAGUCCCAAAAUUCACCAAAUUUGCUGGUGAGACUGGCGAGUCGACGGUCGAACAUAUUGCUAGGUUCCAGACAGAGGCUGGAGAAAUAGCAAACAAUGAAAAUCUAAAGAUGAAGUAUUUUCCAAGUUCUUUAACGAAAAAUGCAUUUACUUGGUUCACGACCUUAUCUCCCCAAUCUUUGUUCUCAUGGAACCAAUUAGAACGAUUGUUUCAUGAACAAUUUUAUAUGGGACAGUCGAAAAUCAGCUUGAAAGAAUUAGCCGGAGUUAGACGAAAGGGUGCAGAACCAGUCGAUGACUAUCUAAACCGUUUUAGGUUACUGAAAGCUAGAUACACCCAACAUUUGAGAGAUAUGGCACAACUGGCAGAUAGAGUACGCCAGGUCGAAAGGCUAAAAGCUGAAAAAGCCAGAGCUAGUAAAUAUCAUAAGAAAGAAAAAAUAGCUUAUGUUACUACAAGUGAGUUCGACUCUAAUAGCGACAGUGAAUACGAAGAGGGAGAGGUCAACGUGGCUGAAUUAAAGCCAGGGCCACCAUAUAUCUGUAAAUUGCUUAAACCUUCAAAAGAUAAAAAUCUGGUUGAAGGUAAGAAUGAAAAAAUUUCUAGUAAAACGUAUUCAUUUGAUAUAACAAAAUGUGAUGAAAUAUUUGAUUUGUUGGUUUCUGAUGGGCAAAUCAUAAAAAAAAGAGGAUUUUGUAAAUUUCAUAAUUUCUUGGGUCAUAAAACUUCUCAAUGUGUCCUUUUCAGGGAUUUAGUGCAAAAAGCUUUGAAAGAAGGAAGGUUACAGUUUGGAGAAAAGCCAAAGUCAUCAAUGCAAGUUGAUACUGAUCCUUUGCAAGUCGAAGAGGCUCACUAUACUGAG